AUGGCCAGUCGCGGGUGCUGCGAGCCUGCGACUCUUGCACCCGCUCUAAACAGCGCUGCGAUGGGCAGCACCCAUGAACGAAAUGACCCGUGCAAUUACACGAAAGUGGUUCGGAAGCGUGGUCGCCGCCCACGAUCAGAUGGUAAUCGCAGCUUCAGACGGGAGAGUCGCGUCUCCCUGGACCUAGAUUCUCCCCAGGGGCCAGAUGGCAGUCCUCGCGAUACGACCAUGUCUAGUAGCAUGUCGGCGCAGGAGGUCCCGUACGACUUGGUACCGCCAGAUCGCCGCGCGCAAGCGAUACCUGGCACUAGUCCGAAUGACGCAGCCCAUCUCAAAAGCCCCACGGGGCGUGAGACUCUUGCACCAGCAGGAUCAUCUUUCCCAGCUCGUAAAAAUCCUUUAGAUGGAUUUUUCCCGGGUUCGUUGAACAACGCUCAAUUGGAGACCAGGGCGUUUGAUGAUGUCCCGACGACUCUCCCCGAUAACAUUUCACUGCGACAGCCAUACCGCUGUCUUGAUUCCGUGCUGCCGUAUUUACAUGGAAUUCUGACCCCAGAAGAGGCAUCCGAGAUGCUUGAGAUCUAUUUCAAUGAACAGCACAGCUCUGUAUUUAAAUCGACUUCGCCUUAUGCUCUGGCUCAUAUCUUACAUCCCGAGUCAGUCCUGCAUCCCACCGACCCGCGUCCGACAUCACCCAUUCUGCUGAUGGUCAUACUCUUUUGUGUGGCACAAACGGCGGAUAUGAAGAUCUUCGACCCUCCGGGAGCCAGAGAGCGCAUAAGCGUGGAACUCUAUCGUAUUUCAAUGGAUCUGUUCGAGCCGGAAGAUCCAGACAACUAUUUUCGGACAUCUGAUGGGUGGCAGUUUCAUCCUCAUCUCGGCACCAGCUCCCCAAGCAAUUCACAUGCAACUCCAGGUCGCCAGGCGACAGGGACAACAUUGCUCCCCAAGGCUCUUGGGUCAACGGAUAUCAUCUUGGCAGUUGCCAUUUUGACCUUGGUUAUAUCAGGAGGCCACUAUAAGGCGGAUGCUCUCAAAUGGCGAGAUAAACUCAUGCGACUGGUCCGGGCCAGCGGUCUCAGCAUGGAAGACCAAGAUUUUGACUUGGGCCCUGUGUUUCGCGGUCUUUACAAUGGCGAUUCCACCUUUCGGCGGUGGCUCAUCUCGAAAGAGGAACGGCGACGUCUCUUCUGGCUGGUUUAUUCCCUAGACCGCCAUUUGGCUCUCUCUUUCAAUCGCCGACUGAGCAUCCCGGACGGCACAUUCUGUGUUCGCACCCCUUUACCCGAAAAAGUGUGGCGAUCUCUCGAUACAGCCGACUUGAAUUGCAUCCCGGCAUGCCCAUUAGGACCGCCGACGCGCAUCUCAGGCAGUGGGUUUUUUGAAUAUUUCCUGCCCUUAGCCUCACUUCUAGGGCAUAUCAUCGAUUUGCACCACUACCGCAACCACCCCUCACUCGGCGAAUUCAUUCCCCACGACGCUAUUCGGCGCGUUGAGGCCAUGAUUGAUCAGCGGCAGCAAGAGCUUGCCGAAUUGGAGAACCAAGGCGAUGCCCUAUUCCCGGAUGGAAUCAAUUCCUUCGCUCCGCACUCCAAUGGUGGUCCGGCUCAUGGCGGAGAUACGUUUGCUUCUCCCACUGGCCUGACUCCAGGGUCAAAGCUGCCACUGUUCAAGGCAUAUAGUACAUAUCUUCUUCACGUCUUUUAUAUCUUGCUCCACGGCAAAUGGGAUCCGAUAUCCAUGAUUGAGGACAAAGAUGACUGGAUCACCUCGGAGAGCUUUUUGACUUGCGCCUCUCACGCACUGAGUGCAACGGGUGUGGUCUCUCAGAUACUUUCUCUGGAUCCAGAAAUGACGUUCAUGCCCUAUCUUUUUGGUAUCUAUUUGCUCCAAGGCAGUUUUAUUCUGCUUCUUUUCGUGGAUCGGAUGCCGGAACUUGGUCCCAAUCGAUCUGUGGAAGAGGUUUGCGAGACCAUCAUUCGCGCUCACGAAGUGAGCAUCGUCACUUUGGAUACCACUUUCCAGAAAAACUUCCGUAAGGUUUUCCGCUCGAUGCUUUAUGAUGCCCAGCAGGCUGGUCCUCAUGCAUGGGAUGAACAUAAAGCGCGGCGCAGAGAGCUACUUUCGCUAUAUCGGUGGACGCCUCUCGCUCAUGGGCUUGCCUAUUAG